UAAAGGAAUGGAGGCUUCCAGAAUAGUGGUGACCAGUAGUGAUUACCCUGGUGUGUGUAAAAGCAUUAGGGCCAAUUGUAUUGACAUUGUGAGGUGUCUGUCACUGAAGGUGAAGGAUAUAUAAAGAGGUGCAGCGGUGCCUCCUCACAUCAGGUGUUCUGUCCCAGUCAGGUGCAGCAGCAGCCAUGCUCGGUGGUGCCGGCAGACUCUGGCUCGUCACACUCAUGCUGUUGCUGUGCAGUAGCAGCAGCAGCGGCAAUAGCAGCAGCAACAGCAGCAGAAGCAGCAGCAGCAGCAGGAGGAGCGGCUCACCUGUUUACAACGACGCAACGGAGGCAGUGAACCCGGAGCCUUUGCACAUCAGCGCGGAGGAAUCCGGUACCGAGGACACGAACCAGGCGAGGAGCGGAGGCAGGAGACACACAGAAACGGUGCGCACAGACCAGAGUCAGGUGGGCUGCAGGGAGCUAAGAUCCACCAAGUACAUCUCCGAUGGUCAGUGCACCAGUGUGAACCCCAUUAAAGAGCUGGUGUGCGCGGGGGAGUGUCUGCCAGCCCACCUGUUGCCCAACUGGAUCGGGAGCGGCAGCUACACAGGGAGGUACUGGAGCCGCCGCGACAGCCAGGAGUGGCGCUGCAUUAUUGAUAAAACUAGGACACAGCGGAUCCAGCUGCAGUGUCAGGACGGAAGCUCGCGCACCUACAAGAUAACAGUGGUGACCGCCUGCAAGUGCAAGCGUUACUCGAGACAGCAGAACGACUCCGGACACAAGGACACGUCCGUUUCCGGCGGCAAACAGAGAAAAAACCCGAGGAAGAGUGGACAACCGGAAGAGAAGGCUGGGAGACAGUCUGAAGACUGAAGUCCGUGUAUGAAAUGUACAAUUAUAACCAAAUAUUUAAAAGUAGUAGAAGUAAAAGAGAAUAGUAUUGACAUAGAUUGAAUUCAUUUAAAAUAUAAAAGUACAGCUUGGUAAAAA